UUGGCGCGAACUUAAUCAAGCUAUGGUGCAAGACGGGUAUUUGCGUUGAUGAUAUUCGUGGCUUUUUUGCGUUAAAGUAUUUUUGUUUUUAGAAAAUAUAACUCUAUUCCCUUUGUUUUAUUUUCGUAUCGCAUCAUGACUUCAGUACUGAGAGAUACUGGUACUAAUAAAAUCUCUAUAAAUAAUCGUUAUUUUCACCGUGAGCUUCAAAGGCAAGCAAAGGAAUGCAACAACGUAAAGUCUUCAAGGAAGCGAAAAGAAUUUUGUAAAUCUGAUGCUAGUAAUGAAACUUCGUCGCCAGAUCAGAAGAGAACUUGGGCUGAAAGAUGCGAAUCGUAUGAAAAUCUGAAUGAUGCUGAUGAAGAUUUUAAUGUCCAUCUGGACAAAGAGGUUCUGAAUUCAGAAGAUGAUGAAUUUUGGCCUGAACUGCCAGCGGAGGGAGUCAUUUCGGCAAAAUCGGAAGAUUCUGAGGAUGAUGAAGAGAAAUACGAAAUUGUAGAAGAAGCUAAGGUUGAAGAUGAUUAUUUACCUUUGAGUGAAGAAUCAAAAUUUCUGAAAAGAAGGCCAAUGCGUGAACCUCGGCGAAGAUACACGUCAGACGAAUACAGUACAACGUCUUCGAGUAUGCACGGUUCUGAUAACGAAUCCGAAGCACCCAAAUCGAAACUUGAAACGGAUCCCAUAGUUCUAAGCAGACGUCAGAAACAAAUUGAUUAUGGCAAGAACACGAAAGGCUAUAAAAGAUACUUAAAAGCAAUCCCCAAACGCAAUCGUGAAGCUCACCAUAUAUUUACUCCUAAAAAGUAUAUUAAAUACAGUCGACGAUCAUGGGACACUCAAAUAAAAAUUUGGCGCAAACGCCUUCACGAGUGGGAUCCAUCAGACUCUGAGGAAGAGGAAGACGAUAUUGACUUAUCUGACAUGGUAGCUAUGAUGUCACCAAAUUAAUUUUAGUUUCUAUAAUUAUUUUUUUUUUGUCUUUUCAUUGUAAUUCAUCAAAACUGUUUUGUGUUCCAUUGAUAUGAAAAUUAUUAUGAUAAUUCUUUCAUGUAUAUAAUAAUUUAUAUAAUUGUUUUUCAUCAUUUAUAAAAAUUAAAGGGUUAAAUGUUAUAUUGUGACUAAUAUUAUUCAUAUGUUAUAUUUACUAUGUGCUUUUAAAAAUGAGAUGUUUUCAUUGUCACUCAUAGACAUUUUUAAAAGAAAAAUGUUUACGAAAAUACUUAUUCAGUUUUAAAGUAUGUUUGAUCAACAUGAUUAUUAAAUGUAAAGAAUUAUUUUGUGACUACUUUUGCAAGUUAUAUCAGGGUAGUUGUUUCUUGUUUAUGUUUCCAUGGUUAUUUUAAGGGAUUUUCUAAGAUGUCAUGAACUUUUAUAAAUACUGAAUAAAUCUGUAAAUUUCAAAUUUUUCUUGUUUAGCUUUAACACUACAUUUCACGAAAAAUAUGUAACCAAAAAAAGUAAUUUUGUUCAAAAAUCCAAACCAGAACAUGGACCCCCUAAAUUACCCUUCAUUUAUUAGAUUUCUGGAAUAUAAGAAAAGGUACAGAAGCACUUCUGCAAAGAACCUAGCAAAUAUAAAUAUUGGCAAUAAUAGUUCAAACCUGGUAGAACACUAAGGUACUUGUGUAUUUUUAUCUGUUUGACAAAUGGCUUGGGUACCAGAUGAUUUCUCUAAAUUUAAAAACAUGCAUUUAAUGUGGAACAUAUCUGAACACUUAAAGAGAAUUCUUAAUGUGAUUUGUAACAUUGAUAUUGGUUAAUAAAUAUAGGUUUCAAGUAAAAAAUGCUUAAUAUGCUUUUUUAGUUAAAAAACUUGAUGUUGUACCUUGCAGACAUUUUGCAGUAUAAAUUACUGGGUGCAGAAUUGUCAUGACAAUGCAAAUCUCAAUACAAUUUCACCAUUUUCCUAUAAAUUUCGCCUUUUCCUAAUGAUAAAAUUAUUACCUUACUCAUGUAUACUGAAUAUAUAAAACUAUUUUAUAUGAAUAAUAGAGCAUUUUUACUAUAUUUCAUAAUAAAGUUAUUUCCCAUUCAUGUAACACAAAUAUAGUAUUUGUGUGUCACAUGCCAUGAAUACCAUAAAUAUUUUAUAUUGUUGUGGACAGCUGGAUUCUCCAUUAUAUUCAUUUAAAUUUAAACAGUAGUUUGGUUAAUUAUGCUAAUAGUUGAAAAAAAAAAAUUAUGUAUAUUGCCAGUGAGAAUUUAUACAAUGAAAUUAAUUUAAUUUAUAAAUGUUAAAUAUUUUCUAAAUUAUAAAUAUAUAAUAAGAAUAUAAAUUAUAUAUUAAAUUUUAAUAAAGUAUAAGUUAUAUUAUUAAAUAUUAAGAAUAUAAGUUCUUGGAUUUUUUGGGGGGGGAUCAAGUAAACAGUAGGGGUUAUAUAGUAGUUUUCUAACUGGAAAGUGCCUCUACUGUUAACAGUAUAUUAAAAAACACUGACUUUUUUUUGACAAAAGUAAACUGUUGAUGUAUAUAUUAAAAAAUAUUUAUGUGUAAAUUAUACAAGAACUGAAUUUCAGUGGAAUCUUUUUUGUAAAAGCCAUAGCAUAUGUUUGCAUACAAAGAAAAUGCUAUCCAUUAAAAAUAUAUUAUUUAUGUUAUAUGUAUAUUUUUAUUCAUUAUGUACUUCAUGUAUUGUACUGUAGAUGUUUUGUUUGUAAUAUGUUUCAUAUUACUAUGUGUUUAAUAUCUUCAGAAUUUAUUUAUAUAAUACAUACAUUUUAAAUAACAUACACACACAUUAAUGUAUAAUCAUCUGUUUUGGAAAGCUGCUGUGUUGGAAAUUACUAUAAAAAGGAAUAAAUAAAUUUAUACUUUUUUCUGUUAUUUAUGAUUUC